AUGUCGCAUUCAUCAACUAUCGAUAUUGAAUCAUCAACAACUCAGUCAUAUGCUUUGAACGAUCGUAAAUCAGAUAAAGUGAAUCAAGAAUACCCAGGUCAGACCGAGAUCACCCAUCCGGUGGAUAUCGAAAACGGUCAGAGCGUACCUAAAGAUGUACUAGAACUCAAGACUCAAAUCGGUUUGGGUGUCUUAGGUCUUCCUGCGGUACUUGAUACCUUGGGCUUCGUCCCAGGUGUGAUUGUCAUCGUUGCUCUUGCUGUGAUUAUAACCUGGUCGGACUUGGUGGUUGGGUAUUUCAAGCUCAACCAUCCUGAGGUAUACACCGUCGCAGAUGCUGCCCAUAUCAUGUUUGGCCCUAUCGGCCGAGAGGUCAUCGGUUUCGCAUUUUGGCUCGAAGUCGUUGCUAUUGCUGGAGCGUCAUUCUUAUCCAUCUCCGUGGCAUUCAACACCAUCACCGAACAUGCUGCCUGUACCGUGGUUUGGGCUGUAAUCGGUGCUGUCAUCGUCGCAGUGUUCGCUUCGAUCCAAACACUCGGUCGUAUCUCAUGGUUAGGCUGGGUCGGUCUUGUCAGUAUCCUUUCAGCAGUCAUCACCUUGAUGAUCGCUGCUGGAUUAACCGACCGACCAAGUUUGGCUCCCAUUGAUGGUGAUUUCAAAAUCAUCACUCAAGUCGUGGCUCAACCCAGUUUCGUCGAUGCUAUCAAUGCUGUAUCCAUCGUUGUAUUCGCUUACGCCGGUACACCAAACUUCUUCAAUAUCGUCGGAGAGAUGAGAGAACCCGCUCAAUACUCCAAAAGUGUGGUGGCCGCUCAGACUUUAAUCACCAUGAUCUACCUUAUUGUCGGAUGUGUGACUUACCAUUUCGUCGGUCAAUACAUUGCUUCACCCGCUCUUGGAAGUGCUGGGUUCAUCGUCAAAAAGGUCUGUUACGGUCUUGCCCUUCCAGGUUUGAUCGUCGGCGGUCUGCUCUACGCCCACACUGCAGCCAAAUAUGUCUUUGUUCGAGUUCUCAGAAAUUCCCGACACUUGUCCAAAAACACCCCUGUGCAUUAUAUGGUCUGGUACGGAUGUGUCGGUUUUACUUGUGGUAUCGGAUUCAUCAUUGCCGAGGCCAUUCCAUUCUUUAAUGAUUUGCUCAGUUUGAUCGGUGCUCUACUUGGUACCCUUAUCUGCAUUCAAAUGGAAGCAUACAUGUGGAUGUGGGACAAUUGGAGAGCUACCAAAAGAGGUACCCGAAAGUGGAACUUGAUGAUGGCCAUGAAUGCCAUCUUCUUCGUCGUCGGUUGUUUCUUGAUGGUGGCCGGUACCUACGCCGCUGUCGUGGUCAUCAACGACAACCUGAACAGUGGAGAUGCAGGAAGCCCAUUCAGUUGCGCAGACAACAGUGGUAACUAA